GAUGUGGGUAUCGGGCUCUGGCAGACGCAAGCACAGUGACACAGUACACAGAAGCGGCACGUAAACCUCGUCUGUUAACAUAGCUAGGGGUAUGCGUGGCACGGUGAAGCAGGGGGGAGGGGGCGCAGGAGGGGGGGUCAAGGAUGAAGGGGGCGGGGGCGUGAAGACGGGGGGCGCGGGCGGCCGGAGGAACAAGGCCAACCACGCCCACACGACGCCCAUCCCGACGGCGAACAUCAAGCAGGAGGGCGGGGCGGAGGUGAAGCCCGACCCAGACGCCGCCGCGGGCAACGCCGCGCCCUGCCUCAACGGGGACGACUCGGCCGCCAAGACCGCCUCGGCGUGCCCGGGCAACAACAACAACAACACCAACGCCAACAACAACAACAACGGCGGCGGUGGGGCCAAGGUUAAAACGGAAAUAGCCAACGGAGGGCCGGAGGGCGACACCAAGCCCAGCACGGCCUCCACAACCACCACCACCACAACUAUUACAACCACAUCUACAACUACCUCCACCACCACCACCACCACUCCACCACAGACUAAUGAAGGUUGUAACGUUAUUGGUGACGGUGACGGGAAUAAAGUGGCUGGGGUCUGCUCCGGCGUGGCCAGCCUCGAUGGGUCUUCGAUGCACCAGCUGCACCCCUCAGAUGGAGGGGAUGGGAGCGCCUACGGGCCCGGCAUGGGCAACGUGGGCGUGAAGGGCGGGGCAGGCGCUGGGGUGGCCACCAGUGAUGCCCAAUACAUGCAGCAGCAGAGUCAGAUCUUUGUUUUCACGACGCACUUGGCGAACAAGGCUGCGGAGGCCGUCAUGCAGGGCUCCUUCAACACCAUCAUCGCCUUCCACUGCGCGCAGCCCGGCACCAAGAAGCUGCUGGAGAAGCACCCUCUGAAGACGACGCAGUUCGUGCGCCAGAAUCCCGCCCAUUGGUUCAAUACCUUAGCAAUGAAAGGAAACAAAGGAGGACAUGGCAAAGGCCCCAUGGCCCCGAAUGGCCCUAUGGGUCCCGGUGGUCCAAUGGGCCCAGGCGGCCCCAUGGGACCCAAUGGCCCCAUGGGACCCAAUGGCCCCAUGGGACCCAAUGGCCCCAUGGGAGACAUGGGACCCAUGAUGGGUGGGCAGGGCAACGAUGGCAGCAUGAUGGGCCCCGCGGGAGGAAUGACAAGUCCCGGCAUGAUGGGCCCAGGUAACAUGAUGGGGCCCGGGCCGAACGGCGGGCCCGGAAUGAUGGGGCCGAGAGGCGGCAUGAUGGGCCCGGGCGGCCCUGGACCCGGCAUGGCUGGUCCAGGAGGCCACAUGAUGAGUCACAUGAUGGGCCCCGGAGGGCAGAGAGUGCAAGAUGUGUCAACAGGUGUGAAGGUACCUGAUGAUCACUUGACACCCGAGCAGCGCCAACACCGAGAGGAGCAGAUGGCCAGAUUACGUCAGAUGCAAUUGCUUUUGUUGCCCGAGCUGCACUCGCCCAGCCAGAGCGACAGCAACCACUCGGGGCCGCAGCCUUCGUGCUCCGUCGGCUCCAACAACGCCAGCAUGAUGCCCUGCUCGCAGACGCAGGCGCCGACGUCGCAGACCUCCCAGACGGGCCAGCCGGGCACGCAGACGACGCCCGUCACCUGCAUGGGGCCCUCCCCGGUCACUGGGAUGGGGCCGUCCCCAGGAAUGGGCCCCAGCCCAAACAUGGGCCCUUCUCCCGGGAUGGGACCCAGUCCAGGAAUGGGACCCAGUCCAGGAAUACCAAAUACGAGUAUGGGCCCCGGCCCUGGAAUGGGGCCACAAGGAGCCAUGGGUCCGGGCCCUGGUAUGGGGCCUGGAAUGAAUUCGGGGCCUGGAAUGGGUAUGUCACCCGGGAUGAUGGGUCCCGGGGGCCCCAAUACAAUGGUGUCACAAAGUGGAGUGAUGAUGGGCCAAGGUCCCAUGGGUAAUAACAUGAUGAUGACCUCGCAAGCUAACAUGAUGGGCGGCCCUAUGGGUCCAGGUGUUCCUGGGAUGAGAAUGGGCCCUAAUGGACCCCAGUCAAUGAUGAUGGCCGGUCCAAACCCAGCGUCCUCCAUGGCAGCCCAGGUUGAGUGGCAAAGAUUACAAGCUGAAUUCUUCGAAAGCAAGAGGAAGAAGGGCGGUCCAGGAUGCGGCGAUAAUUCCAUGGGCCCGAUGGGUCCGAUGGGCCACAUGGGCCCAGGAGGACCUAUGGGACCUGGAGGACCCAUGGGACCAGGGGGCCCCAUGGGUCCUGGUGGGCCAAUGUGUCCAGGAGGACCCAUGGGUCCAGGAGGCCCCAUGGGCCCCGGUGGUCACAUGGGGCCUUGUGGCCCAAUGGGACCUGGUGGCCCCAUGGGCCCAGGAGGGCCAAUGGGUCCAGGUGGUCCAAUGGGGCCAGGAGGGCCGAUGGGCAUGGGAGGAGGCCCAAUGAUGCCAGGAUCAAUGGGCGCCAUGGGCCCAGGAGGCAUGAGAGGCAUGGGCCCCGCCUCUCGCAUGCAAGGUCCCCCUCCCCCGUACCAUGGCCCGCGCCCUGUGGGUAACGGCCCUCUGCCAUCCCCUGGAUCCCCGUCCAUGUGCGCCAUGACAUCGCCACGCAUGCCUGGAGGAGGCCCAGGCGGAGGGCCCGGAAUGAGAAUGGCUGGCCCCGUGGACUCCCCGCGGCCGCUCAUCCCCAGCAACCCAGCCACGCCCUGUGAGCGGCCCGCCCAUCACCAGCCCGUCUUUACCACAGAAGGACCAGCAGCCACACACACCACAAUUGGAUCAUCAGGUGAUAUGCCAUUUGGAAGACAGUUGCAGAACUUUGCCCAGCAGAAACACCAAGGGGGUCCUCAGCAGCAGCAGCAACAGCAGCAAGGCGGGAAGGAACCCAACCUCAUGCCCGUGCCCUCGCCUCAGCAGAUUCAGUACCUCAGUACAUUCGAGGGACAGGAGCUCACGAUACAGAAGCAGCCAAACACCAGUCUACGUGAUUCAGAUAUCAUGUCUCCACUUGGGGAUACAAGUGUAGCAGAUGGUAGUCGAAUGUCAGGCCCAACCACGCCUCUUGGGGGCCCAGCAACCCCUCUCACCCCAACCUCGGAAACAGGGCCUCGUUACACAGGGCCCAACACCCCAGACCGGUUUCCUGUGCCAUCCCCGGGUAUGCCAGUGGCUUCCGCACCUCACACUCCACAAGCCACGCCAGAGAACAAAGGGCCGCAACAGCGAUACCCUGGCCCGUCGCCACAGGGCCAGCAGACGCCGCAGAAUAUCUCCACCUCUACCGCCACAACUCCAACCAACAAUACUAGCAAUAACAAUAACAGCAAUAACAACAGUAGUAGUGGUGGUGGUGGUGGCAGCGGCGGCGGCCAGAAUGCGCAAGGCGGGCCCAAAACACCGUCAAUGGACUCGAGAUUCCCUGUCCCGUCACCCAAGACUCCGAGCAUGUGCAGUGGACCCACGACUCCUAGCGGACCAGACAAUGUGAACAGGUUCCCCGGAGCCUCGCCUCUCCAGUCUGGUGGGCCAGCUGGACCCACAGGACCUACGGGACCGACGGGACCCACAGGACCCAACACUUCUUCAGGGCCUACAGGACCCACAGGACCAGCCGGCUCUGGACCAGGCCCAGGAGCAGGACCUGGAUCCAACGCAGGGACAGACAUGAACCCGAUAGGAGCACGGUUCCCAGGACCAGGUAAUGGGCCGGCCGCAGGCGCAGGGAACAACAACAACCAGAUGAUGAAUAAGAUGGGGAGUGGAUUCUCCAUGUCUCCGAGCAAGAUGGGAUCCAUGGACAUGGGAGGAGACUUCCAUUCCACUUCUGCAGCCAACUUGCCUCUCAACCCCAACUGCAGCACCCCCGGAGGCCUGCCUACCCCUGGCCCCGGUAAAGUCUUCGAUCCUAUCUCGUCCAUGGCGCAGAUGAGUCAGCAGCUGACAUCGGGUGGAUCAUCGCCUCCCGCGUCGUCCGCCCCCACGCCAACUAUGCCCACUGGUACAGGACCCAUGAUGGGUAACAGUGGUCCAGGACCUGGACCUGGAGGUCCUCCAGGUGCUCCAGGUGGUUGUCUUCCUUCUGGACCGAAUAUGCCCGGUGGCCCCGGCAUGGCAGGUGGGCCUCCAAUGUCUGCAGCACCAGGAAUGCCUGGAGGACCUGGAAUGCCUGGAGGGCCUGGCAUGCCUGGAGGACCUGGAAUGCCCGGAGGACCUGGAAUGCCUGGAGGACCUGGCAUGCCUGGGGGACCUGGCAUGCCCGGAGGACCCGGCAUGCCCGGAGGACCUGGCAUGCCCGGAGGACCUGGUAUGCCCGGAGGACCUGGUAUGCCCGGAGGACCUGGUAUGCCCGGAGGACCUGGCAUGCCCGGAGGACCUGGCAUGCCUGGCGGUCCUGGUAUGCCUGGAGGACCGGGAAUGCCAGGAAUGGGAGGAGGACCUGGAAUGCCCGGAGGCCCUGGAGGCAUGAUGGAUGGCCCUGGCAGUAUGAUGGGCAUGCCCGCCGUGUCAAGCAGCCCGGGGAUGAUGCAAGGCCACGGGGCGAUGACUUCCCCAGUGAAUAGUAGUGGUAGUGGACCUCGAGGAAGUUCUCCAAGCAAUAUGCCCAUCAUGAGUGGGCCAAACCCUCGCAUGGGGGGACCGAAUAACAUGGUGCGGCCCCCUGCUCCGAACUGCACCAUGGCUGGGCCAUAUUCUGGUGCCAAUGUGCAGGUAAAACCCAGUGCCCCUAAUACCAUACAGUACCUGCCUGCCAGACCACAGAACACUGGUAAUGGCCCCAGAGGACCUGUGAGCUUGGACUUUAUACCGAAAUUUAAUAAUCCUAAUGUGGACAGUAAAGUGCCCAAUUCUCCUAUGUUCCCUAACAGUAGUACUCCUAAUUCUAUGUGUGGGCCUAAUGUGCCAAUGUCGACUAUGGCUAUGAGUGGGCCUUGCGGGCCAAUAAGUGGACAUAUGCCUGGACCAAUGAAUGGCCCAGGUGGACCAAUGGGUGGGCCAGGUGGACCAAUGGGAGGCCCAGGUGGACCUAUGUGUACGAUGUCAGGACCUAAUGGACCAAUGGUGAACAUGAAUAACACGAUGAGUGGACCCAAUGGACCUUUCCCCAUGUCCGGACCAGGAGGCCCCAUGGGAGGCCCCAAUGGUCCCAUGGGCAUGGGGCCGAACGGUCCAAUGGGUGGCCACAUGGGAGGGCCAGGUGGGAUGAGUGGACACAGCGGGCCUAUGAUGGGCCCCAAUGGACCGAUGGGUGGACCAAGUGGACCGAUGAUGGGGCCGAACGGACCAAUGGGGAUGAAUCCGAACAUGAUGAGUGGAGGGCCGAUGGGUCCCGGUGGCGGGAUGAUGGGUGGCCCUCGCGGCGGGGCAGGGAUGAUGCGUGGGCCGAGCCCCGGGGGGAUGAUGACGGGGAUGGGCAGUGAAAUGUAUCCCAUGGGGGGGCCAGGACCGGGUAUGAGUGGCGGCCCAAUGCCAACCGGCCCAGGACCCAACCCUGGUGGGCCGAACCAGAUGAUGAGUGGAUCCGGACCCAUGUAUGGCCCCAAGACGUCUCCUGUGGGCAUGAACAUGGGACCUAUGGGUGGUGCGCCAGACGCUGCCCAGCCCCUCCCGCCGUCUAUGGGUCAGUCUGGUAAUUUCAAGAACUCGCCAUUUAUGGGGCCCACUACUGCUGACCCCACCUAUGCCGCCCAGUUCCACAGCUUCCAGCAGCAACUGUAUGCCACCAACACCCGUGGGGGUCCCAACAUGCACAUGCCUGGACCCAUGAGUGGGCCUGGUGGGCCAGGAGGGCCUGUCGUGACAGGGCCACCAGGAGGUUCCAACGUUCCUGGCCCUGGGCCCAUGCCUGGCCAGGGCUUCCCGUUUAACCCCAAGUGAGGCGCGGGGAAAACUACCUCACAGGUGACCUGGUGCUAGCAGCUGCCGCCCAGCACACUCACCACUAUGCAAGUCAACCCCUCCCUCCUCCCCUGCUGGUCUGCCAGUGGUGGUGGUUGUGGCGGUGGUGGUGAUCCUGCUCAAGUGUGGUGGUGGUGGUGGUGGCGUGCCCCCCUCCCCUGCGGCCCCCCCGCCCCCCUGACCAGUGACCCGUGGCGGGUGUGAGGGUCGCCCCCCCCCACCCACCCGUGUGCCCGUCCAGUGGUGGGGUCGCCCCCCUGCCCCGCACAGUCCACUCAGUUCUCACUUUUCAGGGCAACUUGUAAGUUUGUAGUUUCAAUACUGUUAACGGGGUGCUUUGUAGUGUAAGUUAUUCUUGCUCUGUUCACCUAUCUAUCCUUCAGUGGUUGUUGACUGCUUGAAGAUUUAUUGCCAGUGCAGUGUUGUGGUGGAACCCAGAUGAUGUGGCGUGGCUCAGGUGUCAAGGAGUGGUGGCCCUGACAACAAACGGUUUGAGCCAGCUGUGCAUUUCGCCACACAUUCUGAUGUACUGACUAGACUCUUGCCGGUGGUUCUGGUGUUCCCUCAAGCAGCCUUGAGUGGCUGCUGCUCAGAGGCACAGCCAUUAGAAAGCCACCAGUGCUGUGUGACGGUGCAGCUAAAAGACUUCGUUAUCCUUGUUUUACUGAAGUAAAGUUGUUUUCCUAAACCGACAAUCAGUCUUGUCGUCAUGUGUGUGGGGGCAGACUUUGAUACUCUGCUUGUGGAUUAUGCUGCUGAUGAAACGUUGAACAGCAGAAAAUACAAUAGGCUGGUUGUGCCAUGGUCAUUUCCAGCAUAAAAUGCGUCAUGGAAGGUGCUUCUUCUGCCCCACUGCACUGGUUGAUCAAAAUGUCUACUAUGACAUCAGCAUUGUACAAAUUGUUGAGCCCUCUCUCAUACCACACUUACAUCCACUGCAAUGCAAUAUUCAUGAAUGCAGCUGCUUACUUGAUGAAAGUGAUUUUGUUUAAUGGAUGUAAAGUCCAGGUUAAGUUCAUCCCUUAGAAUGGUGAAUAUUUGUAUGAACCUUCUUUGUAUCAUUGUAAAGUUUGUAUUAUAUGUAAGUUUUUGUGUUUUUUUCCUUUUUGUUUGUUUUUUAAGGUCACACUUCUGAAGCUACGGGCCGACCCUGAUGUUUUGGCAGUAUUUUAGAAUGUAAUUUGAAGGAUGUGAACAUUUUUAUUAUUGACAAAUUUUACAUAAAAUAAUUUUACAAGAAA